AAAAUUAUCAAGUCUGCAGAGCAGGGGAGCCAGAUUAAAUGAGCUGCCAGGUGAAGUACAGGGGAGAUUUUGCAAGUGACUAGCCAAGGACUUUUCCCCCACGGCCUGAAGUGGAGGCCACGCUGGAAGCCAUAUAUUUGAGACCUUAUUUGGAAAAUGCACUAAAGACUUGGAACAAUGUCAGAAGAUUUUAAGAGGAGAUUUGAGUUCCAAAAUAUAACAAUCCAGUCGCAGGCUGUGGGACAACUGGUUGCUGCUGUAUUAAAGGAAAAGGGGUCAUCGUCUCCGAUAAGUUAUUCUUCAGAUCAGAGCCCUGCAUUGAACCUGUUGUGGGAGAAGUGUUGCAGUGAUAAUGUGGUGGUACGGUCUGCCUGUUGUGAAGUAUUGGUUGCACUUGUUGCACAGAACCAUGCCGAUUUUAAUUAUGUGCUCAGUGGAAUUUUGAAUCUAAUUCCUUCUGCCAGUAACGUCCAAGGCUUGAUUCGAAGUAUCAGUAAAUUGCUACUGAUGCAAGCACAAGGAACCGAUCCAAGUCAUAAAACAGUUUAUUUGUGUCCGUAUGCCAUCAGGAAUCCCCCACAUCCAUUUGUUUUUGUUUUGGAAAAUAGACCAGACAGUUGGCCCUUCCUCCUUCAGCAAAUAGCUUCUGUUUUUCGACAACCUUCAAAGAGGUUAAACGCAUCCAGUGUAGUAAUGAUGGCACCAUUCUUCAAGUAUCUGUACUGUGAACCUUCCUGCCUACGAGAGAACUCUGAGCUUCGUCUUAGUCUUCUUCAGAUUAUACUUCAGAGCCAGUCUGCAGAGGAAAAGAAUGCACCUCCGGAGUUUACCCAGCAGGUCCUCCGUCUCUUCUUUGAUCUUGUUCCACAUUUGCAGGUGACCAGUUUGGCACAAGUUACAGAAGCCACAAUAUUUCUUCAAGAGUUGUCAUUAGCUUUCCUCCAGCAUGCUCAUUUUUGGAAAUCUGAGCUCGCCCAGCUAUCUCUGCAAUUGCUGUGUGUUUGUGAAGUUAGCUUGAAAAUCACUGGAGAGCUCUCCUCACUUGUUCAUCAAAUUCAGAUGAUUGCCAACAAUGUUCCUGAGAGUAUUCCUGCUGAAGAAAUGCUUGUGGGACUGAGCUUACUUCUACUACAGACUCCAGUGUGCCAACAAGAGCCUAUUUUGAAUCUCGCACUGAAGAUCCUCUCUUUGUCAUCCGUGCACAAUCUGCUCGAAGCAGCUUUGAUACUAGUGACGCCAUUACUUCAGAUAGCAUCCUCUAUGAACUAUACGUCAAGUGCAGAGAUUGAACCAGUCACCCAGCAACUGGCUGAGAAACUCCUUGAUAUUAUACAGAAUAAUGGACAAAAAGACGUGGCUAGUAGACAGAAGCCUUCUUGUGAGCUUGUAUUUCCUAUAACUAGUUGGUAUAAAACUAUUUUUGCAACUUGGAAGCUCCUGGAUAAUUUCAGUAUGGAUGUGAGUGCUGCUUCUGUUUGGUUGUCUUCGAUCAAGUCAACAUUGGCUCUCAAUGACAAAGUUCCUGAACACAUUGCUCUUGUGAUUGCCUAUGUCAUUUUAAAAGAGGAUGGGGAGCCUCUUCGCUUUGCUCUGGAUACUGCCAAAGACUUGGCUAAAGCCGACGCUUUCCAGGUACCACAUCUCAUUUCUGUUCUCAUGUUUAAGUUGGGGAGACCACUGGAACCGACCCUGUAUCAUGCUAUUCUUUAUACGCUUCCUGCACUCGGCACACACAAGGUUUGUGUUGCUCAGAUAAUCCGUGCUUUACACAUGCUGUGGAAAACAACACGUCUUAAAGCCAUAUCUCUGCGUCUUAUGACAAUUCUAUGGGAAAAUCAGGAUCGUGUUUAUCCAGAGCUGCAGAAGUUCAUGGCAUUAGUUGAUGUGCCAUCAGUAUCGCUUGUUAAGGAGGAUCAGUGGGAGCAGAUGAUAGCCAAAGCAGCAACGAUCAGGGACAUAUGCAGGAAGAGAUCUUACCAGCACGGAUCUGAUAUGUUGGCAGCAAUCUCCAAGGCACUGAAUGAAUGUGCAAGAUCUGACCAGGCCACACCUGCAGUUCUUGUACUUCAGGGGCUACAUGCAUUAUGUCAAGCUGAGGUUGUUGACAUACGUUCGACAUGGUACGCUUUGUCCCCAAAGCUCAGCUGUGAUACACGACCUCUGGUUGUCAAGGCCCUGACUGAGAUAUUUGCUCUGGUUCCUUCGCUAACUGUGAAGUCCACAGAAUAUGAGAAAUUCAGAGCACAAGUUAUAAGCAUAUUGUGGAUCCAUACCCAGAGUAAGAACUCGCUUAUAGCUUGCUCAGCAUACAAGGCCCUUUCGGUAUUCAACUCUGAGGAAUACACAGUUCUUCACCUGCCACAACAGGUAAGGCCAGAAAGAAAACAUGAUUAUGAAAGUGAUGAGAUGGAAAUGAAUGAGGAUGAAGAAGAAGAAAAGGAAGAAGAUCUUUCAGUCCCAGGUGCAUCUUACAUGAAGCUGCUUUUAAUGACACCUCUGCCUGUGUUUUCGGCUUUUGAAGAGUUUUUGACAUCUCUCGUGACCCAAGAAUUAACGGUGAUGCCCCGUGGGGUCUAUUACUCGGCCCUCCGAGGAGGGACUGUACGCUCUGACCAAGGCAAGACUGUGGCGGGGAUUCCUAACUUCAUGCUGAAGACCUAUGAGAAGAACAAACAACCUGGACUCAAGUCUGGUCUGGCAGCUGGUUUAUUACUUUGUUAUGAUCUACAUGUUCAGACUGAUAAAGAUGGCAAGCCUAUUAAUCGCUUUCUGGUGAGCCGGGGCCGUAGCUACCAGCAGAUGCUUGCAGCCCUUAUCCAUGAGGUGCCUAUCCAACCUUCUGAAUGGCAUAAAUCUAUUUUACUGCCCCAAGCGUGGCUAGCUUUUAUGGGGCGAACAUACCAUGCUGUUCUGCAGGGGAGACAAGCUGAGCUGGAGAUGCAACAGAAGCAUGGGAAAGAUGAUCCUGAAGAGCUGCAGUACAAAAAGUUUAUUUGCUGGCUCUGGGUCAGGGACCUGUUGACUGAUGUAGUUAAAUCAGCUUCAAAGGACAGCCCUGUUGUGCAGGGAAAUUCCAUCCUCGCUUUGAGUGGAUUGGCUGUGACUGUUACUAAGUACGAGAGCAGCCUACCAUCGGACGCUCACGAUGCACCAGAAAUCGGGGCUGAUAUUUUACCAACAGAACACUGGAUAUCAAUGGUGGUGGAGACUCUACUGAGCAUAGUUGACAGUCACUAUCGUCCUAAGGGGCGUAUUUUUCCAUGGUUUCAGCAUAAAUCCUACUCCGGGGAGAGUACAGCCAGUGCCAUUGCUCGCUCGUGUGCUGCAACUGCGUUGACCCUUCUUGCACCAGUUUUCUUCACGUCACGCAAAGACAGCAUCGAAGAGGUCCUGGGCACUCUCGUCGCGGGUCUGCCAGGAAAGCCGAAAGCUGACACCUCCCAAGCUGUUCUGUUUCACAUGGGAUUAGCUGCAGGAAUGUUUCUGUCUCGCUUGUACGAAGAACGAAUGAGUGAUGUCUCUGGGCAGAAGAUGAAUUUACUGCUCAUGAAGUCGUUGGAUGCUCUGGAGAAGUGUUGCUUUGAUACGAGCUUGGAAUACAAUAUGGGCUGCAUCCUGGGAGUGGGGCUGGUUCUGUCCCUGAUGAGCCAAAGCAGCCAAACAGAGAGCCGUGUGCACGUGUCUGUCUCCCUUUGCGAACUCUGUCGCAGCUUGGAUGAAAGCACGUCUCAGAGCAGGGUAUACCAAGAGGUAUUGGCUUAUGCAGUGGCAUGCGUGAGUGUUUCUGCUUUCAGUGCUGGGAUCAUACAAGCUAAUGAGGCUGAAGAGAUCAUGAACAAGUUGCGGAGUCUGACAGAACAGAGCCAACAGACUGCAGGUUUUGCUAUGGCUCUGGGAAAUAUAGUUCAUGGCUUGGCUGUCUGUGGACAUGGUAAGGCCGAAGACCUCAGUAACAGGCUACUUCCUGCUUGGCUCAAGAUACUUCUAGCUGAGGGUUGCCCCACAAUGCAUCGAUUAGCUGCAGUAAAUGGUCUUGUUGCUUUGGUGGGAUCUGAAAGUUCCCUGAUACAGUUGAAAUCCGAAUCAAUCCAGUCAUCCCAAUUUCAAUCAAAGAUGAAUGAGGUUAUAAGAGCAAUGACUCAGACAAUUAGUUUUUCUGGUGUGAUUGGACUCCAGUCGAAUGCUGCCUAUGCUUUAGGACAUCUACACCUGACCAACAUAUCAUCCAGUCAGAGCCGAACAUCAGUGCCUCCAGAUUUUGGCUAUUUGCCAGAAAGAAGUGUCAUCAGAUCUGCUACUGACUAUGUUAUUGAAGCAGGGAAGAAAGGUCCUGAGAGAAUUCCUGCCCAGCUCGUGAAGGUUUUGUUGGGGCCCGUUGCUAGAUGUGGGAGCAGUUACCAAUAUCCCCCUGUUAAUUGGGCUUCCAUACUUUCACCGCUUAUGAGACUGAAUUUUGGUGAAGAUGUUCAGCAGCACUGUAUUGAAAUAGCAGUUACCCAGGCUCAGACAUCACAAAGUGCUGCAAUGUUUUUAGGAAUGUGGGUGGCACCGCCAUUAGUGUACAGCCUUAAUCUGCAGACAAGAAAAUACCUCUUUAUGUCUCUUGCUUCCUGGAUGAAACAUGUGUCUGAAGAUAAACUUCAAACAUUUGUCGAAGUGCUUGCAGUCCAGUACUUUACCUCGGAGAACAGACAGAAAAGCCCGGACCUUUGUCAUGCCAUUCUACAAGGGCUGAAUGAAGCGAUGAAGGUUCCAACGCAAGUGCAGCACAGCUGGAGCAUAUUGUGCAAAAGUGUUGAGAUGAUCUUUGAAUUGCUACCUAAUGAAAUCCAGGUCAGUGAGCUGAAGUUUUAUGCUGGAAUCACCAAGUGCCUUUCUGAACUGGCUGAUACUGAGAUUGACAGAAUAACCCAAGUUACCAAGGAUACAAUUGCAAAGAGCACCUUUGUCCGAGCAUACCUGGUUUCUCAAGGCCGAGUUCCUUUGCUGUGUCUUAAUGAUGUUAUUGCUGCAGCAAUAGGCAGCUGUCACAUGGAGAUUGUCAUCUGGAUCUUGCUGCAGAGCUUUUACCAGUGUCGACUCAUCAGCCACCAGAACACAGGUGUAAUAAAACGGAUGGAAUGGCUGUUAGAGCUGAUGGGACAUAUCCGAAAUGUUGCUUAUGGGUCAGCUCCUAUGCAAAAUGCAGAUCCUAAAGAGGCCGUGGGCUUCCUGCUUAGUGUACUUGCUGCUGCUGUUGCUGCAUGGAGCGAUCAUACGGUACCGCUGAUGCUUGGUGUUCGGGCCAGCUGGCUGCCAUGGAGUGAAGAGAAAAGUUUCAUCGACUGCAUGAAAUCUUCUCUCGGUGGAAGUUCAGUGGAUUCCUUGUCAGUGCAACAAUGUUUUCAUCUUCUACCGCAAAGCAUUGUCUUAUUGCUGGCUAAAGAGCCAUGGAAAGACCACAUACAAAAGUUCAUUGAUUGGCUAUUUAACAUAGCCGAAUGCCCAUGCGAAGUAUUAUCAUUGGAUAAGUUGAACGUGAUCAAAGCAACACUUCUGGCACUGCGGUUUUUACCUGAGUACAGGAAGAAGGCUAUCUGGACUCGUGCAUAUGGAUGGUAACUGGCAAUGUUUUAAGGGCUAACCUGAUCAGUUUAUGCAGGAGGCUGCAUUUGCCAAUAAGUGAGGACUGCGUGAGGAAGGAAAGGAUGGGCUUGAUGAUGCACUCAAGUGGCAAGAUACCAAAUUUAUUACAAAACCAUGAAAGACAAGCUGUUUGCUGCUAAUGGAUGAGUAGCAUGCCUAACACAUACCACUAAGUAUGUCACAGAUAUCUUAUGCACUUUGUUUACAGAAACAAACCAUGUCAAAUAGUGCAUAAAGCUACAAUUAUAUAAAUGGAUUUUGUUUUGUUAUUGAAGAAUUCACCAAAGUAUAAGCAAUACAUUUGAAAACAGAGACAUUUAUCUCUGUUUAAAAUUUUCUUCCCUGCGCCUUUAAACUGUCAGUGUUUUUUUUCUGCAAAUGGUUCCAAUAAGAAGUUGGCCAAGGUUCUAAUCAUUUUGCGCCAACAUAUUGUUUGCGAAAAAAAAAAUUCAGACGUAAAUCGGAAUGACGAAAUAACAACAUCAAUUCAUGUGGAGAGCCUGUAAGUUUGAAGUUCUUCUGUUGAUGUUAAGUCUAAUAAUAAUUAAAGAUUGGGAUUCUGAAAUGUU